CUUUUAUUGCUAAGGAGGACCUUUGUCUGGUAUAAAAAGCAAUGCAUUUCUUUCUUCAGAUUCAUCUGUUCAAUAUGAACCCCAAAACAACAACUGUAGUUUUCUUGUGUGUUAUAAUUUGUGUAUGCGGACUUUCUACAACCGAUAAGACAAAACAGAAUGAUGACAUAGCCGACAUUAAAAACAGACUAGGACAUCUUGAACAGUUGCUUGGACAACUGGUCACCGGGAAUUCAUCUUCGGAUGUUCUAAAAUUUAGUGCGUCCAUAGGAAGAGACGAACACGUAUCCUUUUCUGCCUACAAAAACCAAACCCAGUCUAAUCUGAACCAGAGACACAUCAUCAAGUUUGAGCAGACGAUACUGAACCUUGGAAAUCACUAUCAUCCAGAGGACGGGAUAUUUAUCGCCCCGGUGUCAGGUGUAUACCUCUUCCACUGGACCAUUACCAAUUAUAAAAGUUAUGCACAUACCAACAUUUUGGUGGGAGGAAAGGUAAUGUCUACAACUACCACCUCAGUAGUAUCUAGUAGUUAUAAUUCAGGAUCAGCUUUGGUAAUUGUUCACGUACAGAAGGGACAGCAUGUUUGGAUACAGACUUGCUGUGGUACUGGGCAUGAAGUGUAUGGAAACACCCUGGCACUUGACAACCGUUUCCAGUCUACAUUUUCGGGGACUUUACUCUAUUCAGUUUCUUAGAAUUAAAGAUAUGUGUGUGGAAAAAAGACUGCUUGUCAGACACCUUUUUACAUACCAGUCUAAAAACUGAGUGAUAGAAAUAAUCAUUAUAUCAUGUGAAAUAUACUAAAGGAAAAAGAAACGCAGGGUAGCAUAAUAUUGGAAAAUUUUUUGACCGCAUGACCGAAAAUAACGAAAAUUGACCAGAUGAGAAAUUUGGUUACUAUGCACCAAAAUCAGUGUUCAGAAUUACUCAACCGUAAAAUGUAUGACGUCAUGUAGGGAAAACGCUAAAAAUCCCAAAACACUUGCAAUUUGAUGAUGACGAAUUUGUCAACAAAUCUUGUUGCACCAUUUGAAGCACCUGAGGUAUACACAUUAAUUUUCAAUAUUUAGAGACGAUAUUAAUUUCUGGUUUUCGAAUUGCCUAAUUUAUGAAAAAGGCAGCAACGGGUAACUAGGCAGUUUCUUGUAAAUACCCCCCAUAAAAUUUGUUACCCGUUGUCAGAGAGGGUCUGGAAUGGUUUUCAAUCAACCGUGUCCAUGACGUUAACGCGAAACAGAGUCAUGUUACGAGCGUAUUAUUCGUCCUGCCUUCUUUUAAAUCGCAACCCUACUACCACAAAAACCGCCUUUUACACAGUACACUAUUAUAAUCAUUACAUUCACACGAAAAAUGAAAGAAAACAAUUCCGCGAUUUGGUUUUUUGCGCCAGUCAACUUACUGUUGUGUUCCUCUCACUGGCGCAUGCGCGCGUCGUAUGACUAAUUUUUUGGCGUGGUUACCCAUGCCCAAUAUAGCCGGGGUUUGAAAGAUACUAACGCUGAUGAAUUCCAUGCAUAGGGGAAAUAACGUUCAUGACAGAUGUGCAGGAGAGACAUUGAAGACAAGAAGAGUUUUCGAUUUUCUCUUUUGGGGGGUAUCGUCAUAUGAGCUUCAAUAACUCAUGAAUUAUCAGACAAAAUGAAAUGGGAUUUAGGUUAUAUCUUUUUGAAAGAUGAAUUUAAAAGUUAGAUAGGAAUACUGAAGAAAAAUUGAAAGAAAAAUAAAUUUGAUUCACCUCAAAAGUUUACCCUGCGUUUCUUUUUCCUUUCAGUAUAUAAUUAUUGAAUGUUCGUACAGUCAGAUUUCAUUUUCAAACUCUAAUUUACAGUGUAGUUAGAAAUACACAAUAUUGUCUGCAGAAAAAUAAAUCAUGUGUACUAGAUAUUAGUGAUGGUGAAGAACAUCUUAUGUAACUAAAAUAAAAAAAAAUCAUGCAGAUAUUAAAAAAGCCUAAACAUAUGAAAUAGAAAUGCUGUACAAGACCGUAUACACUUUAAAAGAACGGAAAUAUAAGUAGUAAAAAGAUUAAUUCAAAUAGUAAAUAUUAUUAUUAAAGAAAAUGAUGCACAG